CCUCUUUUCCCUGCUUUUCAGAAUAGAAGUUUGUGAUCCGAAACGAAGACGUCUUUGUUUCUGAAGUGAAUAGAAGGCAUGUUUUUAUAGUACUUGCUGUUCAUCAUUCAAGGUGCAUUGGACGACGAGAAUGAGGUGGUUCGAAGCAGCCCUGAGCUGCUGUUUAGUGGCAGUUGCUUCCGCAGGCAAACUGUUUCCCAAGACCAAUGUAGGCUGCCCACUGAACCACAGCUUGUGUGACUCCCAGCACAUCGUGUCAACAGUGCUAUCAACAAAUUCCAGCUUGAAUUACGUAUACUUGUGGAGUGAUGUAGGUGUCCCAGCCAUUGCCGUAGCUCGCUCUCCCAAAGCUAGUAGUCACAAGCUGAACAUCGAUUGGAAUGUGGAUGCUGAAACUCCCGAGGAUGAACCCGUGUUUAGCGUGGACUUGCCAGUGGAGUAUGUUCAGACCACUCUCUUCACACGCAUGUUUGCCAUCAACACGACGACGUACACACUGCAGCAGGCGGCGUACCGUGAGUGCAUCCUGGCCAACCGCUCGUGGACACUGGGAAAGAAGACGCUCAACGCCAAUGGUCCUCCUGGAGUCUCUGAUGUCAAGGCUAACUUCACCAUGGUGCCGGCCAAUGUCACUACCGCUGAGUGCGAAUUCUCCGUACUGUUCGCUACUUCAGACACCGAGGGCCGUGAGAAACUCUUGCCCCACCUGAAGUACUCGGAGAACUCCACUCGUCUCGAGCUGGAGUUUCAUAACUUCUCGUUCAUCGACAUCGACAACUCCACCGGCGAAGUGCGGGAUCUUGCCAAGAUCGUCGGCAUGAACUUUGUGCUGGAGGUGUUGAUAAUUCCGGACACAACUCACCCCGACCUCCAGCUGGCCAGUGGAAAGUCCUUGGAUGACGAGUAUACUCCAUCCCAGUUCUGGCACAGCGACAUCGUCAACGGUGCCAACAAGGGCUUCCACUACUGGAAGCCCAUAGUCUACACCAAUGCAACGUCGCGCACCAUCAAGAACUCUGCACACAUCGACCUCUUCAAGAUCCACAACAAGCAGAAGCUGGUCACGUUGAGUGAAGCCGGCAUCACCGAAGUACCGUACAGUCUUGCCACAGUACUGAAUGGUGGUAACAUCUCACUGGAUGAUGUGCGUGUUCUCUACCUCACCUUCAAUUCCACACAAACAAACGUCACAGUCUUUGACAUGGUCAUUGGGUUUGGCGAGGUGCCCUCGGACAGCGUCAGCCUGACGGUAAUUCUCAUCAUCGCCCUCGGCCUCGGCCUGCCCAGCUUGGUCCUGUUCUUCGGCGUUCCCACCGCCACCGUCUACCGCCGCUGCUCCAAAAAGAAGGGAACCGGCGGCUAUGCACCCAUCCAGUAGCAUCUCAAGGGAAGUUCCCUUCUUUCCCAGGGCCAUCUCUGAUGCACGGGUUCAAGCCCGUACCGAGGGAGUUUGCAGUGCCACAUGGACACUGUUCUCUAGAACAAUCUAAAGAAUCUUUUGGAGGUGCAACCUGUGCCUUUUUUGGAAUAUUUCCGUUCAAAUCAUGCAUUUCAUAAGAGAGAUUUCUACUUCAGGUGUGCUAUCAUGCACUAUUCCUCGCUGUAUCUGCAUGCUUGAUUUAUUUGUAAUAAUAGUGUAGUUUGCUUACAUACGCUUGCCAGCUCUUAUCCUUGUCCAGUAUUGUUUGGCCAUCAUGAAACUUUACUGCUCACUUAUUUGAUUUGCGGGGGACAUGAAAAGAAUUCCCACCGCCCCCGUCGCCCCUACCCAUCUAGGAUGGCUCUUCUCGCCAGGGAUAGUGGUUCGACCGUACCUCUAGUGCCUUUGCUAGCUCAUCCAGCCCGUUGCGGCCGGAUUCUGAUCCAUUUCGUGUAAAACAUUUCCCGUCAUUUUACACUUUUCAAUGUUUUUAUCAUGAAUAUUCUUCUAUUGAUACUACUGUAGUACGCGUGCUGUGCUACUGGUGUUUUCAAAAUGUUGUAUCAUCCCUUGGAAAAUCAAACACAAGGUGCAGUCCUGUACUGUUGUGGAAACUGUAA